CUUACACCUUUACAAAUCAUAAUCCACUAAUUAAUCUUCCGAUUGGAUAAAUACGUUUCCCAUUUUUUGUCUUUUAGAUCGGAGCUUCUGCUUCGAACGCCGGCGGCCAUCUCGGCAAUGGCUUCGAUGGAAGCGCUUUUUGCGAAUGUCCCAGGCGGAAAUCUGCAAUUUCCCAAAACACGGCGUACUGGUUUUCCCGGUGGUGCCAUGGUUCGCCUCCGGCGGGUAUACGGAGGUGCGGCUAGGGUUCGGUGCGGCCUGAUUGAGCCGGACGGAGGGAAGCUGGUGGAGUUGGUGGCGCCUGCAGGGCCGGAGCGGGAGGCUAUUCGGAAGGAGGCGACGCUGGCGGGGGGCUUGCCGCGGAUUAAGCUAUCGCGGAUCGAUUUGCAGUGGGUGCACGUGUUGAGUGAGGGGUGGGCGAGCCCGCUCCGCGGUUUCAUGAGAGAAGCCGAGUUCCUCCAAACUCUUCAUUUCAAUUGCCUGCGGAUGCCGGAUGGUUCUGUGGUCAAUAUGUCGGUGCCGAUCGUGCUCGCAGUGGACGACUUGCAGAAGCGGGCUGUUGAGGGCCGAGACAGGGUUGUGCUUGUUGAUGCUAAUGGCAAUCCUGUUGCAAUUCUUAAAGACAUAGAGAUAUUCAAGCAUAACAAGGAAGAAAGAAUUGCUCGAACCUGGGGAACAACUGCCCCAGGAUUACCCUAUGUUGAAGAAACCAUAACCAAUGCUGGAAACUGGCUCAUAGGUGGAGACCUGGAUGUCAUAGAGCCAGUCAAGUACAAUGAUGGACUUGAUCAAUAUCGUCUUUCGCCUGCAGAGCUUCGAGAAGAGUUCACAAAGCGCAAUGCAGAUGCUGUAUUUGCUUUUCAGCUCCGAAAUCCUGUGCAUAAUGGCCAUGCAUUGCUUAUGACGGAUACUCGUAAACGCCUUUUGGAGAUGGGCUAUAAAAACCCUAUCUUGUUGCUUCACCCAUUGGGAGGCUACACCAAAGCGGAUGAUGUACCACUCAGUUGGAGAAUGAAACAGCAUGAGAAGGUGCUUGAGGAAGGUGUCCUUGACCCUGAUACUACGGUUGUUGCUAUCUUCCCCUCUCCAAUGCAUUAUGCUGGACCUACUGAAGUGCAGUGGCAUGCCAAGUCUCGUAUUAAUGCCGGUGCUAAUUUCUACAUUGUUGGCAGAGACCCUGCUGGCAUGGGUCACCCCCUUGAGAAUAGAGACCUUUAUGAUGCUGAUCAUGGGAAAAAAGUACUCAAGAUGGCACCUGGUCUCGAGAGGCUCAAUAUCUUACCAUUCAAGGUAGCUGCCUAUGAUAACACGCAGAGAAAGAUGGCUUUCUUCGACCAUUCAAGGCCCCAGGAUUUCCUCUUCAUCUCCGGCACCAAGAUGAGAAACCUUGCGAAGAACCGCGAGAACCCACCAGAUGGCUUCAUGUGUCCUGGAGGAUGGAAAGUUCUUGUAGAAUACUACGACAGUGUGGCUUCUGGUACCAAAAUCCGACAACCUGUUCCUGCUUAAGACAGGUUAAACCUUACUUCAGAAUCAAAAGAUGGUGAACCAUACCUGUAUAAUAAGCUCCAAUGAGCAAUGAAACUGUGCGUGCUGCUUGUGUUCACAGAUUGUCUACACAGCAAUCACUAUUGUACAGAAACUAACUUGCAAAGCUUCUGUUAUGCCAUGCAUCGCUAUGGAAAUAUUUUCUACCCAGUUAUGCUAGUGAGAGGGAGAGCUCAAGGGUAAAGCUUUCACCCUUAGUGGGUUUUGGCAAGAAUUAGAGCAAAAGCCAUACUUUCUAGUAACAUCAUUUGGAAAGAUUUCUCUUUUGUUAUGUCUGAGUCAUUUGGGUCUUACGGUUCUGUUUGGGAUAAUUUUCUGACUAUUUUGUUUUUCAGAUAAUAAUUAUAAGUUCUGUUGGGUAUUGACUUCUUGUUA